AUGCAAGUAAUGGUAUCCUUUUUUGACGAUGCUAAAUUCUCAAAGUCUUUUUGGGAGAAAGCAGAUAUUUUAAUAGAGGAAUAAAAAAUAGACUUUCAAUCUGUUCUUUUUGAGAAAAGUAAAAAAACUGGUUUUUGGACAAGCAAAAACUAUAUAAUUUAUGAGAGUAAAUUAGUGAAGUUGAGGGUAUUUAAAUAAUUACAAAAAUAUAGCCUAAUAAAAAAAAUAUUCAUCAUGUUGAUUUGAGUACAUCAAGAAUAGAAAGGAUAAAGUAUAAAAAUGAUUAAGAAGUUGAUGCUUUAAAUAAGGUAUAGUAAUAAAAUAUGUAAUUUUAGAAGAAAUAUGGUUUUCGAAUAAUUCAUAAUAAGAAAUUUAGAGAAUUGUAUUCGAGAUCUAAAGAGCUAAAUUAAUAAAUUUGGGAUUUUUUAAAAAAGUAUUGUCUUCAAUUGACAUUUAAAGAAGAAUAUAUAAUUGAGAGAAUGAUAGGAAAAGGAAAUUUUGCAAAAGUACUUAAAUAUAUUAUGAUAGGUGUAUCUUUGUACUAAAAAAUUAGAUAAAUAGUAAUAUGCUGUAAAAGCAUUUGAAAAAAGUAAGAUGAUGAAUAAUGAAACUGAUAAAAAAGCAUUGAUAAAAGAAAUGUCAAUAUUAAGAAAGUUGAACUACAAAGGAUUAAUAAGAAUGUAUGAAGUGUUUGAAGAUGACACUCAUAUUUUUUUAGUUUAGGAAUAUUUGUAAGGAGGAGAAUUAUAUCAAUAAAUAAAGAAGAACUAAAAAUAAUCUGAACAAACAGUGGCAAUGAUUUUAGCUACUUUACUGGAUUCUUUGGAUUAUUUACAUAAAAAGAAUAUUCUUCAUAGAGAUCUUAAACCAGAAAAUAUGUUAUUACGUAAAAAAGGAGUUUUGGAAGAUGUUGUAAUAGCAGAUUUUGGAUUGGCUGAUUUUUAUGAUCCAUUAGGUAAUUAUAUGUUUUAGAGAUGUGGAACCCCUGGAUUCGUUGCUCCAGAGGUAUUAUAAGAUAAACAUUAUGAUUCGAAAGUAGAUAUAUUUAGUGUUGGUUGUUUAAUGUUUUUAUUAAUUGCUGGUAAAUCUCCUUUUAAAGGUUCUACAUAUGAUGAAGUUGUUAUGAGAAAUUACCAUUGUAAAAUUGAUUAUGCAUCAAUUGAAAAAAUUAUUAGUUGUUCAGGUAUUUCCUAUGAUUUAAUAAUAAUAAGGAUUAUAAUUAUUAAAAUUAUUACUGCAUCCUCGACCUUCAUAAAGACCAUCUCCAAGAGAUGCUUUAAGACAUGAAUGGUUUAUGAUCAACUUAGAAUAACAAAGAUAUUCAGAGCUUAAUAAAUAAGAAGAAACUAUAAAUGAUACUAAAGAGACCAUCAAAUCAAGUAUAACAGAUGCAGGUAGUUGUGGAUUUAUGAAAAACUUUAUUGGCCCUUCAUAUUUAGAUAAACCUGAAUUUAUGACUCCAUAAUAAACUUGUAUUGGAGGUAAGAAAAAAGAUAAUCAUCUAUUCACACCCUAAAUUGCAAUGAUGCAAUAAAUUUAAGAAUAAUUUAAUGAAGAAUAAAUGUCUAUCAGAAAUUUAGAUGAUGAUUUUACAGAUAUGAUCUUCGAUGAUGAAUCACCAUAAUCUCAUAAAUUACCUUAAUACUAAUUGGUUGGCAAACUCAAAUAAGCUGUUGAUUCGAAUAAUUCUUCUUAUUAUGCAUCUCCUAUAAUUAAGGUAUAUAUUUGUUUAUUCAUCUUCCUUAUUAGAAAACUCCGGAAAGUCUUACCAAGGAUAUCAAUCCUAAAGUGAUGACAAUCAAAGAGAAAAUUUAUGAGUAAUAGACCUAGCCUAAAAUUGCAAGCAAAAUCAAGAAUAAUUUGAAAAAUCUUGAGCAAUUAUGAAUUGCUGAC